AUGUAUACUCGCAACGUCGCAGAGGUGCCUUGUGCAGGCGAUGAAGUCUCAGGGCAUGCGCUGUCUCCUUUGAAUCCUUUCUUACGCUCACGUGUUGGAGCCCCACUGACGACCACGCUCCCGACGGUCAAUACCAACAUGCUAGCAAUUUGGGUAUACUACUGA